ACCCAAUCAAACUGUUUCCCUUGUCAGCGCAUUUUCGGGACAAAUUGGAGAAAAUCCCUGCAUAUUGCCAUGCAAAAUGUCAGAACUGUCACAGCAGAAUCAAACAUUUUUGUCUGCAAAUAUCACAUAAAAUCCCCCUGAAGUCCUGGAGGGACUGAAUGUGUGUACAGUAUAUGCGUGUUUACAAAAGGUCACAAAUGCAGACUCAACAUGUACACCACAAACUAAAAAGACAAAAAGAGGUCUCCUGCUUCUCUAACUGUAUCCUAAUUUCAUGCUUUCCCCUAGGGUGUGGAGGAGCACCAGAGCCUUUUGAUGGAGAAGCAGGAGGAGCUGGCCCAGCUCCAAGGGGAGCACCAAACCAAGCUGCUGGAGGCCCAGAAGCUGCAGCGCUCCCUGGGCAGGCAGAAGCAGGAGCUGUCUGACCUGCAGCAGGCCAAGGAGCAGCUGGACCAAGAGCUGGAGGAGUUGCAGCAGCAGAAGGUCGACAAGGCCCUCAAUGAGGUGCAGAACCAGCUGAAGAAACUGACCGGGGAGCCGGGCGAGAGGGAGAGCAGCCUGAAGCAGCAGUACCAGGAGCUGCUGGAGCAGACCAAGAGGAGGCUGCAGGGCCAUGAGGUCACCAUCCAGCGCCUCACCACUUGCCUGACCGACAAGGAGCAGCAGCUGCAGGAGUACAUGAACAUAACGAGAGACAUGGAACAGAGCAGAAGUCCUGGGGGAAGCGACACCAUGCUGUCGAAGCUACGAGAACAACUGAAACAGAAAGAGAAGGCUCUGGAGGAAGCGCUGGAUGAUAAGUUUGCGGCUCUAGAAGAGAAAGACAAUGAGAUCCACCAGCUGCACCUGUCACUCAGGGAGAAGGCGAGGGACCUGGAGAGACUCAACAAACUGCUGUCUUACAAUGAGGACACCAUCAAUAGUUUUGACACGUUGAUAAAGGAGAAGGACGUGGAGCUACAGUACCUUGUGAACAUGCUGAAAAACCUGCAGCAGGCCAAGCAGGACGUGGAGGACAACCUGAACUGGGCCUGCAAGGAGAAGGAUGCCAUCAUUAGCCAGCUGCAGCUCUGCCUGGAGUGCAAGACCAAGGACAUGGAGGAGAUGGCGAAUGCCCUGCUUAGUCAGUCCCAGUCUCAGGCCUGUGACCUUGCAGAGCAGAUGGGUCAGAGGUUAAAGGUGACAGAGGCCAUGCUGGCGGAGGCAGUCAAGGCCCGGGAGAGGCUGGUGGAGAACAACAAGAGCACCGUGGAGGGCCUGCUGUCCACCAUCAGCAGCAACGACCAGCUGCUCAAUGAGUCAGCGGAGCACUAUAACCGCACACUGUCUGAGCGCACCCAGGAGAUCCAGGAGCUGAAGCGGCAGCUGUUUGUCCGGCAGCAGCAGCUGGCCUUGGCAGAGAAACAGAGUUCUGAGGCAACACAGGAGGGUUACCUGGAGACUGCCGAGCUCAGGGCCCUGCUGACGGAGAAGGACUCCAUCAUCAACAAACUUCUGGAGCGUGGGCAGGAGAGAGACCAGUUCCUGGCUGAGUUAGGGCAGAAGGAGCCUGCACCGCCCCAGGUGAUGGAGAUCAGACAGACCAUCAAAGUUCUGCAGGAGAGGCUGGAGGAGAGGGAAGCGCAGCUCUCCAAGAAGAACAACGAGGACAACAUGGAGAAGGUCCCUCUCACUAAGAAUACUCUGGUCAUCCUGAAGAAGGAGCUAGCUCACAAGACUGAUGCUCUCAAGAAGGCUCUGAAGAGGGAGAAUGACCUCAAAGUGAACUAAAAGAACACACGAACAACCCUGCUCAUUCAAGAUGUCCCUGGCUGAUCUCGAGUCAGUGUUGUCAGAGCUGAAGGAGCGUAUCGAGGUCCAGGCGGUCAGUAUAGACACCCUCACCACCACCCUUGGGACCAAAGACAAGAUUAUAAAUGAGUGGACGGCCAGUGGCAUCUUCACACACUGCUACUAAUCAACACACACUCAUACACACAUUCAAACAGGCUCAUUAGGUUACCUGGUGCCAUUUGGGUUCACGGGUAGCUUUCAUAGGGUUAAUCCAUUUGACUAACCUUGAACUGAACUUAUCCAUCACCACCUGUUCUACUCUUGAGCGUGGCUUUAAAGUUGAAACCAUGUAUUGCAUUCGUUGUAAAUUGUAAAAGGAAAUUGGGUGAACAUGUCUGGGCAAUACAUUUACUUCAAUACGUUUGUUUUUUCAACCCUUUAAGGGCACGUUUUAAUUUGCUGUAAGUUUCCCUCAGUCUCUGCUAUAGUGCCUUUAGAAAGUAUUCAUACCCCUUCACUUUUUCCACAUUUUGUUGUUGCAGCCUGAAUCUAAAUUGAUUAAAGUGAGAUUUUGUGUUAUCGGCCUACACACAAUACCCCUAUAAUGUCAAAGUGGAAUUAUGUUCUUAGAAAUGUUUACUAAUUAAUUAAAAAGGAAAAACAAC